AGUCCAUCCGGUUGUCGAAAGAUCAUGCCCCCCUGGCCUGGGACAUUUUCAAAUCCAGAGUUGUCCGCUACGCGUCGUCCCUUGGCGCCUACGUGGCCAAAUGCAACCGCAUUGACGAGGAAGCUUGUCAUCAUCUCAUCACCCACGUCGAAUGCCUGAUGCAGGAUCCCCUGCUUACGGCAGACCAGCUCAAACGACUCCAGGACGCUCGCUCUGGCGCUGUAGCCGAGCUCCAAGAAAUCGCUCGUACCAAGGCUGAAGGGGCUAGGUUGAGGUCGCACCACCUCUCGUGUGCCCUCACCGAACGCUGUACCAAGGUGUUCUUUAGCCUUGAGCGUGAGUGCAUCAAAGCCCAAACCAUUGCCAAACUCACGGUGAACGGCGAGGACUUUACUACUCCGAACGACAUAGCAUCCGUGCUGCACGACUUUUACUCCAAACUCUACGACUCUGAACCAAUCGACGAGGCUGCCCUGAGCGAGGUCCUUGCGCAAGCAAAUCCGGCGCGAAAGCUGUCCCGAGCAGAACAGAAGUCACUGGGCGCGGAUCUCAACCCGUACGAGAUUGCUGUCGCUAUCGAGAACACUGCGCCUGACAAGAGCCCCGGUCCUGACGGCCUGACAGGCGCCUUCUAUCGCACAUUCCAGGCACGCCUCUGCUAUGCAUUGUCCUACGUAGCCAACGCGGCGUACCGGAACAAACGCCUCCCUGACUCCAUGCUUGAAGGGUACCUGAAGGUCAUGUACAAGAAAGGCGCCCGCUCAGACCCGGGCAACUACCGACCAAUCACCUGUCUCAACGUGGACUCGAAGAUUAUUUCCAGAGCCCUGAUGGCGCGCUUUGCCCUGAUUGCCCCUGAGAUUGUCAACCUCAACCAGAACGGAUUUGUUCCUGGUCGUACCAUCGAUGCCAACAUCCAUCUCAUGCGCGACUUGCUCGAUUUGUGCCGCGUGUGCAACAUUCCGGGUGUUGCUGUCCUGCUGGACUCUGAGAAGGCAUUCGACAGAGUCGAUCACCAAUUCUUAUUCCAAGCACUCCGCAAGUACGGCGUCGGUGAGAGUUUCAUCAGUUGGAUGGAACUGCUCUACACUGGCUGCCAAUCCCGCGUUGUGUACAACUGCACCAUCUCGCUUCCAUUCCCGAUCAAACGAUCUGUGCGUCAAGGGAGCGUCGAAGCGCCGUUCUUGUAUGCCAUCUACGCCGGCGUCAUCUCCGACUAUGUCAUCCACAAACUGCGCGACAAGAUGCUCUCUCUGGCCCUGAGGUCUGGUCCCCAAAUCGUGGAACCCAGCUUGUUUGCUGACGACACUUCGAUCUUCCUGUCGGAUCCCAACCACAUCCAUGCCCUGUUUGAAGUCUACGCAACAGUUGGCAGGGCUACCAACCUCAAGAUCAACGAGGCCAAAACCUCCGUCCUGCGUCUCGGCCCCCUUCGGGAUGCCGAUCGGCCGGACGGCUUGGCUCAUCUCCAAUGGGUGCCUCCUGACGGCACCACUCGAGUCCUUGGCGUGCAACUCGGCUACGGCGAUCUUGCCAAAGCCAACUUCGAGCCCCUGCAAGCCAAGGUCGCGCGUGCGCUGGGUCGCUGGUCGCGCCACAGUCUCUCGAUCGCUGGCAGGGUCCUGAUUGCCAACGCGAUCGGACUCUCCCGCGUCUGGUAUCACUGUCGCUUCAUCCACAUGCCCAACAAGUACUCCAAGACACUGUCCGACACUGUCAACAAUUAUCUCUGGAAAGGCCGAUUCUCCCCGGUCGCCAGGGAGGUUGUGACCGCUCCUCCCAAAACGAUCAUGUUUGGGCUUGGACUCAUCGAUCUCCCCACCAACAUUGCAGCGACGGCUGCCCAAGCGCUAAUCAACUUCCUGUCGCCUGUUCCCAGCUUCUGGAAGUUGGUUGUCAACCACCUCGCCGAAGUGGCUGACAGACCAGCUCGGCUCUCCGACUAUCCUGUCGCCGAGUACACGGCCAUGCAGCGGCUAGUCGCCAAAUUCCCGUUCAGACUUUCGCUCUCGGUGUUCUGGCACCAUGCCUUCAGGGCGUGGCGCAGGCUGCUCCCUUUCUCUGAGCCUCCUCGCUCGAAGAACGAACUCCUCGCCACUCCCCUCUGGCGCAACCCCAUGCUUGACAAGAUCGACUUCAGGAUGCUUCGGAAACACGGCAUCUCGUACCUCCAUCAUCUCCACUCUGGCAAGAAAUGGCAGUCGGCCCGCGAUCUCCGCGAGUUCUGCGACUCCCGUCUGCCACAGGUCGAAGCCAGACUCCAAGUGAUCCGCUCUAAAGUCUCGCACAUCGACCCGUCCAAACUGCGGAUCGCCCCUGUGCGCUUCCGCGAGAACGAUUGGGUUGUUGACUCGUGGGGCUUCCUCCGCAGAAUCUUGGAAACUCCGGCCGCCGACGCCUUGUCUGUGCGCGUGAAGCCCUACGUGUUCCGCCUCCACGGUCAGGUUGUGGUGCCUAAGCACAUCCUCUCAGCCAGGCUCCCGCUUGCUGAACUCACACCCAGCAGUGGUAUCGGAUUGGACCUCUCCGUCUGCCAAGUCCCACACCAAGCCAAGCGACCUGCUGAUGCAGCUCGCUGA